AUGGAAGCCCUAACAGCUAUUGGCUUGAUCGCCAAUGUCAUUCAGUUUGUCGACCUCGGCGCGAAGCUUGUCGGCUCUGCGAAGGAAAUGCGCAACUCUGUUAGCGGCAUGACGUUGGAGAAUAAGAGCCUGGAGGAAGUCACCAUUCAGAUGCGCGAUCUAACUUCGAGACUGGAGCCCCCCAAAACGCACGCACGCACCCAAGAUGAAGAAGACCUCCGUCUGUUGGCUCAAGAAUGCCGUGAGCUGUCAGAUCAGAUUCUCCGCCUCUUGAGGAAAAUUGCCCCUAGCAAGCCGAACUCAACCCUUCGUUAUAUGCGAUCUGCGUUCAAGAAUAUCAAGUACAAGGACGACAAAAGAGAACUUGAGAACAAACUAGCUAGAUGCCGUAGCCAGCUGCAUCUGCAAUUCAGCAAGUUAAACAGUUCGGAAGUACAUGCGCAGCUCCAGGCCCUCGGAAAUCUUGCGCAAUCAAACCAAGCAAUCUUGCAAACGUUACCGCAACAGAUCGAGCGUAUUCGCCGCGGCACAUGUGUUGCUUCCUUGGGUGUUGAAGCCCUAGAUCAGUUGAAAGACCUACUUGGAUUGACUGAAGUAGCUCAAGAAUCGGUCGUAGCUCGGAGUUUCCUCAAUGAUCUUGCGUUUGAAGGAAUGGAGGCCAGAGUUGAUGUCAUCGCGAAAGAGCACAGCGAAACCUUUCGAUGGAUUGUGGAGCAAGAUGCAGACGUCGACGACGUUACAUUGAAGACUAACGCUCGCGAACUAUACCUUUCAUGGCUACAUCAUGCUUGUGGAAUCUUCCAUAUCGCGGGAAAGCUGGGGUCGGGCAAAUCCACACUCAUGAAAUUCCUGUACAAGCAUCCGGAAACACGUAAACAUCUGUUGGCGUGGGCAGAUAACAAAACGCUGGUGAUGGCAAGCCACUUCUUCUGGAAACCCGCGAAGCUGAAUUUACAAAAGUCACUCAGCGGAUUGGAGAGAUCGUCACUUUAUCAACUGCUGUCAUCCCACCAGGAGUUGACGAAGAAGGCAUUCCCAGACAUUUGGGAACAUAGGAUGAGCAUCGAAGACGGUCGGAUGGAGCUACCACAUAGUCUCUCCUCGAAUGAAAUUCGCGAUGGCUUCAUGGCCCUCCUAAGGGAUGAAACCGUUCAACAAUCAUAUCGAUUCUGUUUCUUCAUCGACGCUUUGGAUGAGUACGAGGACAUAACCCAAUAUGAUCAGAAAUACAUGGUCGACACACUCCGCAAGUGGACACAGAUUUCUCCAGACUCCAUCAAGCUAUGCGUAUCCAGCCGGGAAGAGAAUGUGUUUGAGAACGCUUUUGCUGGAGAUCCAAGGAUACGAUUACAAGAUCUCACCAGGCACGACAUGGAGUGUUUUGUACGUUCUAGGCUCGAAUCUGUGCAAGACCACAACACCCGAGAACGUCUUACAAGUGAGAUUGUCAAGAAAUCAGAUGGCAUCUUCUUCUGGGUUGUACUCGUCACCAAACAGCUCCGACAAGCGUUGGAAGACGGUGAUGAUGCCUCGGUUUUUGAGAGGGAGUUGGCUACACUGCCUACUGAGUUGAAGGAGCUGUUCAAUCAUCUUCUCGACUCUAUCUCCCCAUUGCGUAGGGAAAGAGCGCACCGAAUCUUUGCUAUGGUGCUAAAACACGAGACAUUGCCGAUCAAACUAUCGCUGCUGUCCUGUCUACACCUUGAUACAAAUGAAUUGAACGCACGAUCAUCGGUGGAGGAGCCUUCUAUAUUGCCUGUCCUGGACUACCAAGACGGACAAGACCCACACAAAUGGUACAAAGAGCAUGAAAAUCGAGCUCGGAGACAACUACAUGGGUAUUGUAGAGGACUGGUCGAGGAUCGAGUCAACCCUGAAGUCUGCAAGCAAGAAGGGGGGUCCGCGAACCCCAUACCUGAGCCCGACCCUUCUAAACCCGCUGGGUCGAGAUGCAUCCUGUUCGUACAUCGCACUGUCAUCGAGUUUCUUGAAGAAUCAGCAAUCCCGAAGCACGAAUUGGGCGAGUUCGAUGCGAUUGAAGCCAUCUCCCAGUCGCAUUUGGCAGAAUUCCAACGCAUACCUUCUUCUCUUAUCAACCCGCUGUACUGGACAUACCUAUACAGUAAAAUCAUCGAGCUACGGUUUCAUUCUGGAAAAGAUAGGUCGCAGUUUGACUUCAUUGUGCAGCUGGAGCAUUUGAUCUCACGAAAAUUUCCGGGUUGGCUGGAGAACGAGCUACCUCCCGCCGAGCAAUGCGUUCAGACUGCACACAAUCACUGUGUUGUGUGCAUUAGAGGAACAGACGUUAAAGACUCGAAAGGCCGUCAGCUCAUCGUCCUAUUUUUGGAGAAGUACGAGAGGAACGUUAUCCACAGAACGGAAAUGCGUUUUGGGGGACGGGGGGAGGCCGGAGGAUGGGAAUAUACAAUUAUGAAUGUGAAAGUACAAGGCAAGACGGUAGCGAGUAUGAGUUUCAUGCAGUUUGAACCUGGAACGACUUGCUAUACUCUUGACAAUCAAUUCGGCGGCAACGCCUCAAUGGAGCAGCUGGUGAAGUUAUGGCAUCUCGAGAACGAGCGAGAAAUUCUUGGAUUGCUAGAACAGGAGCGUGAGGCAAUGGAAAGGAAAGAACAAGCCGUGGACCUGGUCGCCACGGCCCAGGAAGCCUCUGAGGAAAGCUCAUCCGACGGCACCCCAGCUUCCGAUACAGUGUCUAGGCGGCUUCAAAGGAUCGACAGUGCCGCCGAGAUUCGAGAUGAAGGCGGCGUUACAGCGUCUUGUCUGCCCGUCGAAACCAAAGCAGACGUCGAUACACCCCAACUCAAGGCCGCCAAACCCCGCUCUAUUCAUGCAUUGGGUAUUGCGACAAUCGUCACGCUUCUAGUAUUGCUGUCAGCUUUCCUCAUCGCGCACCAAGACUAUUGGGGUCGAUGGUUUUCUGGUAUGAUAAGCUGA